AUGCAUCAUCAACAUAAUCAGCAACAAGCGCGCCUACAACAGCGACAGGAUGACGAUGAUGAGGGCUGUGGCAGUGGUAGCGGUGGAGGCGGUGGUGGCGGAGGAGGCGGUGGAGGUGGCGGUGGCAGCGGCAGCUCGUCGGACGUAUCGAGGGACCACUGCAACAAGACGGUGGACAUUUUCGAAGACAUCAGCUCGCCGGAGGUCAGCAAUCAGAACGUGGGACGUCCGCUGACCUGCUGGUACCGCUUUCGAACCCUGAAAGGAGCUCCCCGCGACUUUGUGCUGCGUCUGCGGUUCAAGAAGUUCAAAGUGGGUCAGCUGCUGAACGCGACCCACUGCGACGGCGGCUAUUUGCAGGUGGGUGUGGCCGCUGGCCGACUCUUGAUUUAUCUCCUCCUCAUGUCAGGAGGGGGCUAA